UUGCGUUUAGGUUAUGAUAUUAUAAACAAAAAUAUGUUGGGUAUAUAUGUUUGGUUUUCAUGAUAAAUUGGUGUAUGCCAGACGGUAGGGAUGGAGGGUCCAAGUCUGAGCUUGUUUCAAGGCUCAGAAAGUAUUCGGUUAAAUACAAGUACACAAGGCUUAGAGGAAGAUGAGGAACAAGAAGACAUUAAGCGGCGCAAUAAAGAGAUUACAGAUCUCUUGACCAAUGCAUUUGAUGAUUUAGAUGAUGACAAUGACAUUAGUUCUGUCAACAGUAGUCAUUAUCAAGAUAGUACUAAAGAAGUAGAAGUUUCUAAUUCAAUGUUAAAUUCUUCUACUCAAGGACUUAUAUCAUCCAAAGGCCAAACUAUAUCUCAGCUGCAAAAAGAAUUUGGGGUUUAUGAUCAUGUUGAAAAUUCCAAAAACUAUGACAAUACUAUGACAAAUCAUAGAUCAGAGUUAGAAAUUGGCCCAUCAAUCUCUGAUAUCCAGAGAGACUUUAACGUAUAUGAUCAAACAGAUACACCAUAUUCUAAGAGUAAUAGAAAUAAUGAUAUGCAUAAUAUUACUGCCGAAACGCCUUAUGAACUAGCAAGACCACCUAAUUCUGCAUUUCCUAGAGAUUUAAGAGUUCAAACUGAGGAAGAAUACACAUUUAAUGAAAAUUACUCAUAUAAUUAUCAAACACCAGCUAAUCAUUAUGAUGCUCAAAGUAAAAAUUAUUCCAAUAAUGGUUAUAUUGAUGGAUAUGAAAAUAAUGUACAGUGUAAACAAAUUCAUGAAUUUGGUGGUGGUGAUAAUAUUACAUCUGAUCAUUUAAAUCACUGUUAUAAAACAAGUCCAAAUGGUAGACCAAGAGAUGACAAUGUAGCUUAUAAAACUGCAGAAUAUGAUAGUAAGGAACAACUUGAAGUUUUAUAUACAGUUAGAAUGAGAGAAAUUAAGCGAGUAACAGAAGAAUUGCAACAACUACAGUUAGAAAAAGAAGAAGAAAAAAAUCAGCUUAAUAGAAAAAUAACACUUUUGCAAGCUGAAAUUGAAAGAGCAAAUAUAUCUAGAAAUCAAACACAACAUGCUUUAGUUGAUGCAAAAGCUGAAAUUGUUGAUCUUCACAAUCAAAUAACAUCACUAAAAGAGAAGAAUGCAGUUUUAGAAAAAACUAAUCAAAAUAUGACAGAAGAAUUAAAUGUUGCAAGGACUUCUGUAAUAGAAUUACAACAAAAAAUAGCUGUGUUAGAAAGAGUACAAGCAUUACAAGUAAAUGAUAAAACACAUGAAAAAUUUUUAAAGCAAGCCCAAGAAAAACAUGCAGUUGAAAUGAAAAAUAUUCAAACACACAAUUUUAAGCUGCUCAAUGUGGAUUCCAACACUCAUUGUAUCUGGGAAACAUCAUAUGUCGCUUUGGAAAAUAAAUUAGUUGAUGUGCGAAGGGCGCAUGAAACACUAAUGGUUGAAAAAGGGGACACUAUGAAUCGUCUAGCGCAAGCGUUAGAAGAAAGUCAAGCACAAUGCCGAAAUCUUAUGGCAACAAAUAACGCUCAACAAGUGAUGCAACUUCAAGCACAGAUUAAAAUCGUAACACAAGAAAAAGAAGAAAUGCAAAAAAUAAUUCAUGAAUUACAAAACAAAUUAGAGCUAGCAAAAUGUGAUGUAGCACAGUAUGAUUCAUUGUUAGCUACGACAUUAGAAGAAGAAUCAGAUUCUAUGAGACAGAUGAAAUUAGGCGAACUGCAUAAUAAAUCAAAAUCAAAGCCUUGUGAUGAUAUCACAAAUAAAUUAAGGGGAGAAUUACAAAGAUGUUUAGCUGGGCAAGCUGUUAAAAGAAAGGAAAUAACUCGAUUAGAAAAUACUUUAUCACAGAAAGAAAAAGAACUUGAUAAAGCUUUAAUUAUAGCUGAUACCUGUCGGCAAGAAGUGGCUCGAUACGCUAAACGUGUUAACGAUUUAGAGCAAGAAUUGAAAUCUGUGCUUACAGAUCAAGCUUUGAAAGCAAAUGCUCAAAUACAAAAAUUAUCUAAUCAUCUUAGCGAUGUAAAAAAACAAUAUGAAUCAUUACGAGAAGAAAAAAUAGGAUUAGAACAAAAGUUAGAAGAAACGUUAGCAGUUAAUCAAACAACCCUUAAGAAAUUACAUCAAGAAAGUAUAAAUCAACAAGAGAAAGACGCCAUUAAUGAGUACAAUAAAGAAUAUUUAGAAAUACAUGCUAAGGCUGUAGAAAGAGUUAGGCAAGAAGCACAAAUUGAAGUAGUGCAAUUAUCCGUGCAAUUAGAACAAACACAAAAAGAGUUGGAUCGUGUUAAGGAAUUGUAUAUAGAUGUAUGUAGUACAAAGGAACAGUUAAUAAGUGAACACAAGUCUGAAAUUAAAAUGUUAAAAGAAAAAUAUGCUACUUUAGAAGAACGUGAAAAAGAUAUCGAAAAAUACGAACAUGAUUUGCAGGCACAAGUAAAAGUAGCAGACAUGUUAACAGAGGAAUGUGACAGAUAUAAAAGUAGAGUAAUUGAAUUGGAAAAAGAUUUAAAUUAUGAAAGAAAGAAAAAAGAAGAGUAUACAAAGAAAAUUCAUCAAGAAAUUGAAAGGGCAAAAGAAGAAGCCUUAAAUGAAUUACGCAAUGCUCAUCCUAAUCAAGAAAUAAGUGUUCUCUUGUCAGGUGAUUGUUCCAAACACUUAGAGAAAAUUAAUCAGCUUGAAGAAGAUUGUAAACGUUUAGAGGAUAAAUUACAUGCUGCAGUUGAUGAACACAAUAAAAUAUCAGAAUAUCAAUCUGAAUUAGAUGAUGCUAGAUUAAAAAUAGCACAAAUAGAAAUAUCUCAAGAAUCCUGGAAAAAGAAAUACGAAAAUGCAAUUGGUGAAAGAAAUGAUCUUAUUACUAAAAUUUCUAAACUUGAUUCCGAAUUAUCAAAUAUUAAGCGAAAUUCAAAGAUUGACGAUUCUGAUGAUGUAAAAUUAAAGGUGGCACGAUAUCAAGUAGAAAAUGAAGGUUUAAAAAAUAAGUGCGAAAGUUUGAUUAGUGAAAGAAACAUUUAUAAGGAUAAAAUCUCACAAUUAGAAACAGAAUUAUCAGAAACAAAGAAAAUAAUUGGAAAUUUUGAAAAUAGGUUCAAGAAAAGUAGUGAAAUAUCAUUAAAUUCAAAAUGUGAAUUGGAAAAAGAACUUUCUCACUACAAAGAUCUAGUGACACAAUUAAAUAGUAAGAUAAAUCAUUUGAAAGCUGGAAGGAAUGGUAAUUUAGUCAUGGAGCAAAGAAUCAAACAAUUAGAAAAAGACUUGCAAGGGAAAGAUGAGGAACUAGAAAAAUCAAAGGACUUUGAAAAAAUAAAAGAAGAAAGGGAUCAACUUGUCUUAAAAUUAAAGAAUCAAGCCAAACAUUUCGAACAGUAUGUCAAAAAUCAGAAACAAGUGUCUGCAGAAUUGAAUUUAUCACCGCGUAGUUCAAGCGAUGGUACAGAUUUUCAAAAGAUAAAGGAAAUUAUGAUAAAGGAAGUUCGAGAAGAAAUGGAGCAAAAAGUAGUUGAAGAGCUUAGAGGUAUAGAAGAACAGCACCAAGGGAAGAGAAAAGAAUUAGAAGAAAGAUAUAAAACUGUUUUAUUAGAACUACAGACCAGAUGCAGUGAAAAGACGCAGGAAGUGGAAACAUUGAAAGAAACGAUGCUCACAGAAAAGGUAAAAAUUCAUUCAUCUUUCAAAGCAAAGGAGCAAUUUGUUAGUCAAAUGAUUGAAACCAAACUUGAAACUUACUACAAAGAAUUGGUAGCACGAAAGUUGAAAAUCGAAAAGUUACAGGAAGAAUUAAAGCAAAAAGAAAGUGAUGUGGAUGAGGAAAGAAAUCUGAUGGCUCAAGUAAUGACUAAAUGGGCUGCAGAGAUUAGGGAAAUAAAGGAUAAAGAAAUUGAAAUGAAUGAAAAAUUACAGCAAUUAAAGGAAAGUGAAGAAAAUUUAAAAGUAGAUAUAAAGGCAUUGAAAGAAAAGGAGAAAGAAAUGAAAAGCAACGUUGAUACAUUAAAGCAUAAAUAUCAAUCAGCGAAAAAAACUGCAAAUAAUUAUAAGGAGCAUGCGGAAAAUAAAGAAAAAUUUUUAUUGAGUGAAUGUAAACGUAUAGAGGAAGGGUACAAAAGAGCCAUGAAUCAAGUACAACAAAAACUUGAAGCAAUCGUUAGUACUCAAGAAGAGCAAGUAGCAACAAAGCUUAAAGAACUUGAAUGUCAGUAUACUGAAAGGAUAGAACAAAUGCGACUUACACUGAAGUACAAAAGUAAAUGUUGA